AUAAAAGGCCUGUCAGAAGUGCUAUACUCAACAUCUCUUGUAUACUUGCUUUACAAAUCAUUACAGUCUCUUUCGUACCCUAUUUGGUUUUGCUUGGCGAAAAUGGCUCCAAAGGUAGACACGAAUAAUCAUGACCUCGUUCGGGGAGUCUGGAGACUGUUCCGCCUCCAUACGAUCGAGGGAUUAUCGACGGUAAGCAUUGGAUGGCUCGCGCUCUUCUUCUACGCCAUGCAGCAGGACCUGCCGUUUGCUUUGGUCCGACGAGCAUUCCUCGGCAUCUUUGCUACCUAUCAAAUCACUCACUGUGUAUUUUGUCUGUGGAAUGAUAUUUGUGACCGCGACUUUGACGCAAAGGUGGCGCGCACAAGGGACCGCCCUCUCCCCUCGGGCCAGGUUACACUCACCGAGGCAGUUAUCGUCUUCAUCAUCGGUCUUGCCGCCGCCGUUGCCCUAACUUAUAAGAUACUCGGCUCAGACGUUACGGCAAUCAUGGUCCCUAUAUGGGGGCUUUCCACCAUCUAUCCUCUGUGCAAGCGCGUCAUCUGGGCCCCGCAGGUGGUCCUGGGUCUGACCAUGGCCAUGUGCGUGCUGCCUCCAUGGAUGGCCGUGAGACCGCAUAGCGGCGAUGCGGGUCUGCUGCCGGCUAGUCUCUUUGGCGCCAUCUUCUGUUGGCUCGUAUACAUUGACUUGAUUUAUGCAUCCCAGGAUCGCCCUGAUGACAAAAAGGCCGGCGUCAAGUCACUGGCCAUUUUCCUGGGCGACUAUUUGAAGGCUGGCCUGACAGUCUUGGGCGUUGCGCAAAUCGUCUGUUUCGUAGUGGCGGCGGCUGAAGCACAGGCAGGAGUCUUUGUCUGGAUAUUCGGCAUUGCUGUCUGGUCGGCCUCGGUUCCUUGGAGCAUCAUCUCACUAGACUUGCGUGACCGCAAGUCGGGUGGGCGCAUUUUUCUCAUGAAUGCCAUUUUAGGUAUUUACAUGGCGGCAGUAUCAGGCAUAAACGUUGCAUCACCCGCUAUCUGGUCGUGAAACAAGGCAGCAUGAAGCGUAGGUAGAAACUAUGUUUUUAGGCGUGGUGGUGCAAAAAGGGGAUGAUCAGACUGAUUUUAUGACGAAGGGUCAGGUAUGAUGGGACAUGAACACAGCGUAUGGGACCUUUGGAACUCUUUUCAUUUCUGAGAUUGAAACUUCGCCCACCUCCAGGGUGUGUUUUGAGUAACUCUAUCGAGAAUUUGACAAGCUUCUUUCUUGAGUUCAGGUUCCACAAGAUACUGAAUAGCAAUGAAAAGACAGCUGAUGGUCACAUAGCCAAAGUCU